CAGGCAUCUUCCUUGUCACCCAGCAUCGAACAGCUUGUUCAGAGAUAUACCAAGAACGAGUCAAACAGAAAAGAUGAAGCCAACAGCCUCGUGGAUGCCUUGGAGAAUGGCGGACGUACCAUCGCUCUACCUACACGGCCAGGGUCUGACAAAAGAAGGCCAACACACUCUGCUCGAACGGCCAUCCGCAUGAGUGCUAACAGUUCGGACGAAAUCAUCCGCGCAUGUCGUGCGCAGGGCUUCUCAGUGACAAGUGCGAUCAACGCAGCCAUUAUCCGCGCUACAACCCAAUUUCCUCAGGAUGCAGAUGCAAACGCCUACGCUAUAUUCGCCCCAAUCGAUCUUCGCGGCCCAUUGAUGGCACUUGGUGCUGAAGAGUGUUCACAGCCGACAGGAUCAUACGUUUCAGGGCUUCCCUUACGUAUCGAAGGAAUCAUGGAACACUCGAACAAUGGAGAAAGUGUUCCAGCGAAAAGCUUUAGCACUCUGGCCCGCGAGCUGGGUGCUUUCUACUCGCAAGACAUCCAACAUUACAAGACGCCCGGAUCAAACACCGACAAGACAGCUAGCUUGCUGCAGCUUGCCAGCCCAUACAUGGAGGGUAUCUCCAAAAUUUUCGCCCAGCACUCUUUGCCUGGCUGUCCAUUCCCUAAGGCACCAGUGAUCAGCAGCUUUGGAAAGAUGGACGCGCUGAUCAAGAGCGAAUAUCCAAAGAACAGUGACGGCCCCGCAAGUUCAAAACUACAAGUCACAGAUUUCUGGGUUAGUUGUGACACUGCGACACCAAUGAUAACAUUUAACCCUUGGAGCUGGGAGAAUGAGAUGACUCUUUCUGCUGCGUGGAACGAAAGCUUCUACAGCACAGAGUUUGCUUGCGAUGUGUUGGAGAAGACUAUCCAAGAGCUUUGUGACGGAUUGCUUAUCAAAAAAGCUUCAUAUCGAAAAAUUCAGAGCUGUAACGACACGCAGAAGCAAUCUCUCUAGAAUUGUAUGAAGCAAUGUACAUCAGUGUAAGGAGUAGG